AUGUUUCCGGCGCAGGAAUUCCUCAGAUAUUCAAUGAAAAGUCUUUUACUAGCGUCCAGCUUGGCGGUGGCAGCUGGUUGGGCGUACGUGCGGCACAUUCAGCUUCCUGCUGGGCCAUCGCGCCUCGAUUGGGGGGCAUGUGUCUUUGGACAUCGCGGCUGCAGAGGUGUGCCGGGAGUGCCAGAGAACACACUGGAUGCUUUUAAGUACGCCCUUUCGCGCGGUGCGGCCGGCAUAGAGGUCGACGUGCGGUUGACGAAAGACAACGAACUCGCCAUAUUUCAUGACUUCUCUUGUAAUGGUCACCUGAAAGGGGUGGAGACAACAAAGCGCAUAGAUGAGCUCACACUUCACGAGCUGAAGAGUCUUCCGUUUCAAGCCGAUCCAACAGGACAAAUACGCCUGCCAACAUUAGAGGAAUCGCUCCUGUUUUGUCGGGAAAACAAACUCAAGAUGCUCAUUGAAAUCAAGGAAAUGCGGAGAGCGCGGCUUUGCGCAGACAAAGUUUUGGAUUUGUACCGCCGCUAUCCAGAUUAUAUGUAUGAGCAUACAGUCAUUAUUGCGUUCAACCCGGCGGUACUUUAUUAUGUGCGGGAACGGGACCGUAACGUGGCGGUGGGACAACUCCACUCUGGACGAGUUUUGCGCUCAUGGAUUAGUUCGGGAAGCGUAGAGGUGCCGUGGUACGCACGUCUCUGCCCAACUGUUCUGGACUGGUUGCUGAAUUAUGUACAGGAAAGUAUUAACCCGUGGCUGUCGGGCGUUUCAUUAAUGUGCCCACACUAUGAUCUCUUUUCCGAGACCUACAAGCGCCGUUGGCACACGCGCAAGAUUGGUGUCCUUUUGUGGGGUUUCUCUUCCCCAGCGCAGUGCACCCGCGAGAUGCGGACGCCGGGCGUGAUUGUUGAAAGCGACGAUCAGCACGAAGAAUUUGCCUCGCCAAAGCCACCGGCGAACUUUGAUAUAUUUGGUGACCAGGCCCGUGAACGGGAGCGUGAGGAAGAAGAGCAGCGGCGUCGUUUGAAGUUGGGAGCGGAGUAA